AACCUGCAGCAGUCACGGUCCAGCAGCCCCAUCGUGCUCCUUCGGGAUGUUCAAACUACAUCAAAAGUGUCACCAGCCGGUGGGCACAAGCCCAAAACCAUCCGCCUCGUCACCAAGGACUUCAUCCGUGACAUCAUUGUCCCCGUGGAGAAGCCACCAGCAUCCCUCAUUAUCAACCAGGAGGAUUUCCAGCGUAUUAAAGCAGCAGCUCGAGUCCUGACCAAGGAGGAGCGUGAGGCCAAGCUGGCAGCCCAAAAAGCCAGGAAGGAAGCUGUUCUUGAUGCGCUGAGCAAGAACAUGGAGAAGCAAAAUGCUGUCCUGCAGCAGGAGAAGGGGAAGAUGAACGAGCUGGAGGAGGAGGCUCAGGAACGGGCCCAGAACUUGCUGCAGCGGGCAAACAGGAUGCGCAUGGAGCAGGAAGAUGAGAUCAAGGAGUUCAGUGAGCUGAUCCUCGGUGCCAAGUGCCACAUGAUCCGCGACGCCCAGAUCCUCGAGAAGCGGCUCAUCGCGAAAGAGAUGGAGGAAGAAGAGAAGCGCCUGGACACGAUGAUGGAGGUGGAGAGGAGAAAAGCCAACGAGAUGCAGGAGGAACUGGAGAGCAGGAGGAAGCAGGAGCUGAUCAGAGGGAGACAGGAGAUUGUGAAGCAGAUGGAGCAGAACGCGGAGGACAGAGCUCUGAAAGCCGAGCAGCGGUACCAGGAGGUUCAGGAGAUGCUGCGGCAGCUGGAGCAGAUGAAGAUGCAGGACCUGAAGGACUUGGAGAGGAAACAGGAGCAACAGAAGAAGAUCCAGGCUGAGAUUAAACGUAUCAACGAUGAGAACCAGAGGCUCAAGGAGGAGCAGAGGGAGCAGGAGAGGAUGGCAGAUGAACGAGUCCUUGAGUACCAGAGGCAGAAAAUGGAACGUGAGGCCAAGUUGGAAGCUGAGCAGGAAAAAAUCCGUCAGGAGAAGGAGAAGGAGAUAGCACGCUUGAGGGCACUACAAGAGAGGGCCCGGGACCACCAGGCAGAGCAGGAUGCUUUGAGGGCCAAGCGUAGCCAAGAGGCUGCGGAGCGCGAGUGGCGGCGCAAGGAGAAGGAGAUGGCACAGAGGAAGGCUGAGGUGGAGCAGAUGCUGAAGAAGAGCCGCCUGGAGCAGAUUGCCCAGCGGGAACACAGCAUGGCCGUGCACGUGCAGCAGGACCGGGAUGAGUUUGAGAGGAUCCUCAGGUUCCAACGGGAGCAGAUGGAGAAGGAGAAGGUGGAAGAAGAGCGGAGGGCAGGUCGGCAGCUGGCCCAUGUUAAGGAAGUCCAGCGGCAGAUUCGGGAGCGUGAGGAGCAGCUGGUGCAGGAGCGAGCGGCCGCGUUCCAGGAGGGUCAGAGGUUGGAGGAGGAAGCCCGUCAGCGCAGCCAGCGCAUCGCCCAGCUCAAGCAGCAGAAGAUGCAGGAGCUCAGAGCUACUGGCAUCCCUGAGAAAUACUGUGCCCAGGUGGAGCGGAGAGCUCUGAGCCGAGCAAACCCAACCCGUGGCCAGAGUCAACCCCACGAGAAGCAGAACUUCGGUUCCCCAGUGAUUUAG